AUGCAUAGCCAUCCACCAUACGCUAAUACAACUUUCAAUAAUUCAGAUGAAAUAAAAAUACCAAUACAAACACAAGAUAUCUAUACACUACCUUGUAAUAGCUCACUGUACAUUGAAGGAAGAUUAGUAGAGGCAAAGGAGAAGAAAUGGUCACCAACAUUACGCCUCGUAAAUAAUGUUGUAUCAUUUUUAUUUGAUGAAUUGCGAUAUGAAAUUGGAGGUAUAGUUGUUGAUAGAGUUCGCAAUCCUGGUAUAACAACCACCAUUAAAGGACUGGUGUCUUUCACAAACAAUGAAGGUAAUAGUUACCAACAUGCAGGCUGGAAUCAUCAAGAAUUACCCGAAAUACGAAACAGUGAAGGUUAUUUCAGUGUAACUAUUCCACUGAAAAAUUUAAUGGGGUUUUUUGAAGACUUUAAAAAAGUACUAAUCAACAUCAGACAGGAAUUGGUCCUUAUAAGAAGCUCCACAGAUGUUAAUGCAAUUGUAACGACAACACCUGGCGAGAAACCUCAUUUGGAUCUGUACAGAAUACUAUGGAGAAUUCCACACAUCCAAGUAGCUGAUACUGAAAAACUACACCUCAUGAAGUACAUAGAGAAAGGAAGGGACAACUAG